UUAUUUGACAUGGUAUCACGAGUCUUCUCACUUCUCUUGUGCCGUUUCCUUGUGUGCUAAGAGCGACACGCUCUUGCUUCUUCUAUCCGUAUCAACAUCGUGCCUCCUUCGUGGUUCAUCUUGGCUCUCUGGUUCGUUGCUCUGAUUCUGGUUCGUGUUGUGCUGCUGUAGCCCAUCCUGGUUCGUUGCUUUUAUUCCUGGUUCGCUGCUCUGUUUCUUUUCUUGUUGUUCUGUUUCUGGAACGUUGCUGUUUUUUUUGUGCUAUCUUGUUUCUGGUCAGUUUGCUUUGCUCCUCAUGGCUUCCGAAAAGACUUUUGAAAACUUCUGUGUCCGCUUUACGGGCAAAAAUUAUGGCACUUGGGAGUUUCAGUUCCAAAUGUUCGUGAAAGGGAAAGGCCUUUGGGACGAUCAUGUAGCUCAGUCCACUGCUCCGGCAGAGAAAACGGCAUUGGCGGCGUGGCAAACAAAGGACGCCCAAGUUAUAACCUGGAUUCUGGCUUCUGUUGAACCUCACAUGAUCAACAACUUACGUGCUUUCUCUACUGCUAAAGAUAUGUGGGACUAUCUGAAGCGUAUUUACAAUCAGGACAAUGUUGCCAAACGGUUCCAGUUGGAGCUCGACAUUGCUAACUAUCGUCAGGGAAAUCUCUCUAUUCAGGACUAUUACUCCGGGUUCCUUACUCUUUGGGCUGAUCAUUCAGAUAUCUUACACGCUGAUGUUUCUAAAGAUUCACUCACUGCUGUCCAAAAAGUUUAUCAGAUUAGCCAACGGGACCAAUUUCUCAUGAAGCUUCGACCUGAAUUUGAAGCUGUGCGUGCUGCUUUGCUGAACAGGAAUCCAGCCCCUUCCUUGGACGUGUGUCUUGCAGAAUUACUUCGAGAAGAGCAGCGUCUUCUGACCUUAUCCCGUGAUGACUUUGUUGCUGAUCCUGUCUCUGUUGCCUACGCUGCCCAAAGUAAAGGCAAAGGUCGUGAUAUGCGCCAAGUUCAAUGCUUUUCUUGCAAGCAAUUUGGUCAUCUUGCUCGGAAUUGCAGUAAGAAAUUUUGCAACUAUUGUAAGCAACAGGGUCACAUCCUCGCAGAUUGCCCAACUCGACCCCCGCGGAAGCCGUUGCAUGCCUUACACGCCACUACAACUUCUCUGGACCAGACUUCUGCUCCUACAACUUCUAGUGCUGCUUCCUUGACUCCCGAGGCCGUACAACAAAUGGUACUCGCAGCUCUUUCUGCCUUGGGCCUUCAAGGAUCAGGCGUCGGGGAAAGUGAUCGCAAGGGGGCCUAAAGUGGGCAGACUAUUUCCUCUCCAGUUUUCUCUGUCGAAUAUUUUGUCUUUUGCUUGUAAUGGUGUCCCAAAUAAGUAUGAGGACUGGCAUAGAAAAUUGG